AUGGCUCUCAUUACGCUGCCACCGGAGCUCAAGCUAAACAUUGCUGACAGCUUGGACCCGGACUCAACUCUCAAUUUUGCCCUUACCUGCAAAGACCAUGCGACACUACUCAAAUCCUUGUUGAGACAGCAUGCACGACUACUUGCGAAAUGGAAGGUCAUCGACACGACCGAUGCUCGGUGGUACAUCAGGGAACUCAACCUUCCAGAAAGCCGGCAAUACAAUUGGAAUGCGAACGAGAGUUUGCAUGUUUCCCACCCAAAGCAUGGCGUUGUGCCAUCCGAAGAAGACAAGGCCUUGUUCAUUGACGCCGCAAGGGGGCUGCAAGAUCUGUAUCCGGGGUUCGGCGUAGAUGAAUUGAAUCUGCAGAGACGAUACUCUUAUACCCUCAACUUUUCACCUCGGCCGUACGACACGAUGGGAUCUAUCGAAGAUCGAAUUCACGCAGGCUACGAGGACGCCAUAGUCGCACUCCUGUUGCACUAUCUACCUUAUCUUACGACCAUCAGACAUUCAGAAGUCGGAAUGGAAGACUGUCUGGAGCUUGUUGUAUGGCAGAUCGCGUGGGGUUACAAGAACCCGGUCAUGGCACCAAAGCUUCCCCUACAACAUCUCAAGACGGUCGCCGUGCGUUACGCUCUGGACGAAGGAAGCAGCUCUCCUGAUUGGGCGUGUUUUUAUCUCAGUAUCCCUUCGGUAAAGACGUUUGUAGGGCAAGCAAUGGGUGGUUCGCCUAGCGAGGACGUCCUACGCACUUUAUUCCCCACAGGUGCUGCUCCGUUCUCUAACGUGGAAGAGCUAUUCUUCAGACAUUCUGUCUUCGACGUGGAUGGCCUUGCAACCAUACUCGCGAACAUUCGGCAUCUAAAGAAGCUAACGUACAACGGUGGUGAUGCUCUGGUGUCCGAUUCGAGCUGGUACGAACCAAAGAAAGUCAUCCGAGCAGUUGCUACACACGCCGGCCGCUCGUUGGAAGAGCUCAUGCUCAGCGAGGAGGACACGGAUAGUGAACCUCCUGAGGAUGGCCCAGCGAUUGUUUCUCUCCGAGAGUUCCAGAAGCUCCGUGUACUCCACUGUCAAUGGCGCAUGCUUCGCCCCGACAUGGCAACAGAGGGAGACCCUGAGCAUGACGAGCCGCUAGAACAAGGCUAUUACCGAAAGGAGGAUUACGAACAGAUUGAUGUCGACUUCGACGUAAGGACCCUUCUCCCAGAGUCCUUAGAAGAGUUUUAUAUGAACGGCGAUUUCCACGACUAUGAUGAAUGGGAGCACAUGGAAAAUACAGUCAAGGCCUCAAGCGCCUUCACGCCCCGCCUGAGUAUGGAUAAGACCUGUAUCAAGAAAGGAGGUUAUUGGAGUGAUCGAAUCGGUACCGCAGAGGAACCGGAUGGAGCCUGGUCUCAUCCGCUCGGCCGCCUUUUCGAAGCACCUAAUCCCAUCAAAGACGGUACCGCAAUGGCUCCCCGAACCGUCCAUACAAUCGGAGGCCGCUACAAAAGCAUCGCUGCUGUCGAAGAUGCGCCAUUCGGAGAGUUCAUCUCGGUCAGAGAGACUGAGCUGGCGUUCAACGUGGUCCAUCCGAUACCAGAGGCGUAUCUUCGCGACUUGCACUCUCAGGAACGCGCUGCGGUUAACAAGCACAUCACUUCCCAGCUAUCCAAUAACAAUUACCGUGACAGCGGACUCGUCGAAGCCGUGAGAAGAACUUUGGGCACAUUAAAGACAGUUCAACAGGAGAUGGACCACAUUCCCAAAACCAGUUCGGACUCAACCACGACGGAUGCGACCAGUAAUCGGACGUACCAUACGGCAAGAGAGCAUCAGGAGUCCCGGGGCAAACAUUCCUCCAUGCACGUGGAGGCUGACACCGAUGUCGUCAGCGGCUCAAGGUCAGGCGCACUUGAGCGUAGCCGGAAUAUAGAUAAAUGGGAGAGUACCGUACCCCCUGGCUAUCCUCCGUCCUCCGUUAGUACGCCAAGCUCGGUCUUCCAGUCUGAGGGUAGCAGUGAAUCGCGAUCAUCCAGCUCCAGCAAGAUGCGCAAGCCUAGCAGGCACAUCGACUUCCUCAAGGACGCAAAGCUCGACGAGAAGACACGCGUUUUAGUCGUGGAGCACAGCGCUGCAAGCCGCGAACUGGCGCUUCAAGAAGAGCAUCUUGCCAGUCUCGAAUCGCUUGCUUUGACCGUCGCCAGCUCAGCUGCGCGGCGCGAUCUAUACGGCGCCAUUCGGAAAGCUCGCAGUGCAGUCGAGAAGGUGCGCGUCCUCGAACGCAAAUGCAAGGGCGCCCUAUCAGACUCCCGCGCGCUUGUAGUGGAUGCUCUUGAGCUUGCUGAUGAUCUUUGGGAGACGUCAGAAGCGGAUGCGGAAGUAGCAUCAACAGUUUGUUCGCCCACAACGGUUUCUUCGCGGACAACCGGUUCUUCGCGGACAACUGGAUCUUCCCCGACACAGCGGAGCAUAUCCACUGCACCAUCGGAAACUGAGUCUUUGGUGCCGGCCCGCUUUCCCUCUGCCUCGGAAGUUGUCUCACUGAGGCAGGAACUGCAAAAGAUCGACGACGAUCUUUCCGAGUCGAUGAGGACUUUGAACCAGGUCAUCACUCAAUCACGUUACCGAGAGGGCGUAAUCGAAAGCAUAGACCGCGCACGGGCAUGCCUCGACAAAGUUCACAUCAGAGGAGAGCGCUACUCAGGCCUCGACGACGAAAAGAUACGCAAAUUCGGAUUUGCAACGCUUGCCAUCGCGCGGACAAGGCAUGAGAAAGCUAUGCGCGUUCUCGAUGCAGCCAAGCAAGAGCAACUACCACUGGACGGCCCUAAGCAAGCAAAAGGUAGUGGAGGAACACGAGACACCGAGCGCCGAGAGCCUUUGCGAGAGGAUGAAGAGUUCGAUCGGAUGGUCCAUCGUUUCUCGCAAUUUGACUGCGGGGACUCCGAGGAGCUUCUGCGUCAGCAACAAGAGGUUCUUCAACAGGUUGCUAACUACCGUGCCGCUGAGGCGUACAACAGACGCCGUCAAAUGGGUCAUAGCUUGUAUGACCAAUUUCUGCAGGCAGGUGCACCUGAUGUUUACGGGGAGUCAAGGUCGUCGUCGUCGGAUUUGCCGCCAUUUCCGUUCCUAGAUCCCAGUCAGUUCAGGGGCGUUUGGAAAUAG